AUGGCAGCAGGAGUGAAUAGGAAGAUAUCAGCUGCAUCAGCGAGGUCUCACACCAGAAAAUCAAAGCAGAAGACUUCUUUUCCUCUUCCUUCAGGAAUUGUUAAGAAAAUACUAGUGGUCUUCUUUAUUGGGUUUCUGGCAUGGGCCUAUCGGGCAACUCAACCACCUCCACCCAGGAAAUGUGGUUCUCCGGAUGGUCCCCCUGUUACAGCAUCUCGAGUGAAACUAAGUGAUGGAAGAUUUUUGGCCUACAAAGAGUAUGGGACUUCAAAGAACAAAGCCAAGUAUAAAGCAGUGUUUGUCCAUGGCUUUGAUUGUUGCAGACAUGAUGUUGCCACAACCCUCUCCUCGGACGUUGUGGAAGAUCUAGGUGUCUACAUUGUCUCAUUUGACAGACCUGGUUAUGGAGAGAGUGAUCCUAACCCAAAACAAACAAUAAAAAGCUUGGCUUUGGAUAUAGAAGAGCUUGCUGAUCAGUUGGGACUAGGAUCCAAGUUCUAUGUAGUUGGAUUUUCCUUGGGUGGACAGUUGAUCUGGACCUGCCUCAAGUACAUUCCUCACAGGCUAGCAGGAGCAUCCCUUUUAGCUCCAGUUGUCAACUAUUGGUGGCCGGGUUUUCCUGUGAACUUAUCUACAGAAGCAUACAAUCAGCAGCCUGUGCAAGAUCAGUGGACUCUUCGUGUUGCUCACUACAUCCCGUGGCUUACUUACUGGUGGAACACACAGAAAUGGUUUCCUUCUUCUAGUAUUGCAGCUCAGAGUCCUGCUGUACUUUCUCGCCAAGACAGAGAACUCAUUCCCCACAGUGUUUCAAUGAGAAAGGAGUAUGAGGUACUUAUUUAGAACUUUUUUUCUGCAUAUAUUUCUGGUACUAAAUCAGGUAUUACAUGGAAAAAGAUAGUGGAUGUCAUUUACGGGUGUUAAUAGAUAGCAGUUGACGUUUAUAGUUCAAGGAAUCUAUUCCGAUCUUAAUUGGAUGAAGUGAGACGUUAAAUUCUUGCGGUACUUUGCUCUCUGUCAUGCAUUGAUGUGUUAGUAGUUGAUGAUUUAUCAACUUUGGGCAUACAGGUGAAAUGCUUGUAGCACUGCCUGUCUGAUUAGCCAUUAUCUAAUGUUUAACACUUGGAAGGAGUUUAUUUUCAUGGGCCUAACUUUUAUGCCAGAGGUAGUAAUCUAGUGUUUAAAACACAUCCAAAAAUAGGAGAAACUGUUAGAACUAUUGGUGAUGGUGAAUAAAUGAGGUUAGGAGCUUUCUUUGUUCAGAGUCUCAAUGCUGUUGCUGCUCCCUAUACCAACUAUUCUGUGAUUCCUUGCUCUAUCAUUACAUCCUCAUUAAACAAUUUACCCGCAUCCCUGAAACCAUAAUAAAGGCUAGAUGUCAAAAGAUCUUUUUCAGAACUGAAGGUAGUAAUAUAUUGUUUCAUAGUUCACACAUAUGGAGAAGGAAAGUACCAAGUUAGAUGAGCUGAAAAGACUUUUGCAGUGAUUCAUGAGUACUUGGUGUUUGCCCCAGUCCUUGGUUUACUAAAUUAUGUUUUUUCUUCUCCUCCUCCUUUCUUUUUCGGGUGUAUGUGUGUUUCCUUGUAUACAGAUACUUGCUCCAUCCUUUCUCAGGAGGGGAGACUAACAAUCGGGCCAGUGAGAAGUGCUCAACUUGUUAGCUGUAACCUGUCCUCCUAAGCAUCUGGAUAAUCAAUUUGAAUUAAUUGAAUGCUUGUUGGAUGCCCUCUGAACAGGCAAUCUUUUAGUGUGAGAGUGUCAAUCAGAAAAGUAAAACAAAAGGUUGGACACUUUAAGUAGGACCGUGACUUUUCUAGUCAAUUUAAAUACCUGAAUGAAAUGGAUACAUUUUCAGGCAUAAAAAAUCUUUCAUGCAUUUGCAUCACCUCUGGGUUGGUUAGUUUUUUUUUUUUUUU